AUGAUCCAGGGCAUACAAAGCAUGGCCCCGGCCCACGGUACCGAUCGCGGCGCAGCGGAGCGGAGCGUGCUCGCCGGCUUCGGGGAGGAAGACGUCCAGGUGACGCGAGUGGAAACCGAGGAGAGGGCAGGUAACGCGGAGGCCGGCAUGGAAGUCCGCCUCGGCCCAUCCACCUCCUUUCACGAGGCCGGGAAAGACUUGACAAGACGAUUGACGCUAAACAAGAAGCAGGCGAUUGCCUUCUCCAUAAUAUGCCGCCACCUGGACUCGAUGCGGCAAGGAGACGGAGGCGACGUCAGCCAGCUCUGUCAGUUCGUCGGCGGCGAGGGCGGCACCGGCAAGUCGCGCGUCAUCGAAGCACUCGCGGAGCGGUUCGUCAACGGCCAGUCUCGGAUGGACUGGCAGGAUAAGGACAUGCUCGUCAUCGACGAGGUGAGCAUGCUCGGCGCGCGGACGCUGCACGCCUUCCGCCCGGUCCAGGAGAGGUCGAUCCUGCUGCCGAGCGCGGCCGUCUCGUGGGACGAGGACAACUCGUUCAGGGCCGAGCAGCGCCACCAGCACGACAAGGCGCACGCGCUGUGGAGGCGGUUCACGACGGCCGUCAUGCUGGACGAGCAGAUGCGCGCCGCCGGCGACCCGGAGCUGCAGCGGCUGCUGAAGCGGAUCCGCGGGGGCGUGCAGGACCACACGGACCUGGAUCUCCUCAACUCGAGGAAUCGGUGGAACCUCAACAUGGAGGCGAGCCUGGCGUUCCAGAUCCAGCAGCGGUCGACGGUGCGCAUCUUCCUCUCCGAGCACAAGUGGAAGGACGGCCUGCCGACCGAGGAAGAGGCCAUCAUGAUGCUGAACCAGGGCGACGACAGCGCGAUCCCGGUGCCGGCCGUCUUCAUGUUCGUGCCGGGGAUGCCGGUCGUCGUGAACCACAACACCACCAGGGGCUGA